AUGGACCAGGAAGAGGAGGCGCAGGUCGUGAUCCCCGAUCUCGAAGACGAAGAUGUCCUAGGAAGCUGCCUCGAUGCGACUUUAAAUAAUGGAUUCUCCAGUCCGAAUGGGCUACCAACAGAUCCGCGUUCUGCCGACAUCUCGGAUGCCCAGCACCUUCCGCCACCGUUCCCCACACCGUCUUCCUCCUCGAUACCCAUUUCCACAAGCAAGCGCACUCCUGGAAAGCUGCUUCAUUUUCGUACAGCAUCUCUCACUGCAGAUGAAUCUGCGUCUAUUUCCGCCAAAAGCUCAUUGCGCUUUGGCUCUUCGUUCUCCAAUGCUUUCCAAGGUAUGGACUACUUUCAGUCACCCGGCCGUUCAACGGACGCACUGCACAAUUUUUCAUUCCCAGUCAAGAAGCCUUCAUUUGCAAGUUUGCGUGCAGCCAUCAAGGGCCAGCCAUCGACGCCCACACACAAGGAGCCGUCUUCAGAUGCUGGGCCUUCUCCUUUGAGUCGCUCUGCUGACAUAUCGGCGGUUUCAUCGAGCCUAAUGCAAUCGACAAGCACGCCUUGGUCAGUCAAGUGGCAUAAAAAAGGAGCGUCACAAGACGGGUCCCUCUCUGGUCCACUGAAUUUGAGCCCCACACGACCGAUGCGCCCCCAACACGCUCACAAAAUCUCACAAAUGUCGGACAUGUUGGCCGAUGGAAUGCCUGUGUCGCCACUAGGCAAUGUGGCUUAUCCCACAUCACACGAUAUGCUGUCCUCACCUGUGGAAGAUGUCGAUGCUUUGCAUAUGCUCUCGCCGUUCAGUACUACUCCGUCUGCAGAGCCCAUGACAUAUGCCAUGCGGCAGAUAUUUGCCCGUUUCCAAGCGUUAGCUGAUGAUGCACUGCAUGCUGUACUCGUAACGCAGCAGGACUGCGACGUUCUUUCCAUCCUUUUUCCAACCCAGGCGCACCGCACGGGCUGGGACGAUGUGCUUUCGACCAUGGCGAGUCUUGCUCGUCAUAAUAGACCUCUCGUGAUCGAGUCGCUGCUUACAUGGCGGUCCGAUGUACUGGACCAUCCUCUGUCUCUUCGUCCUACGCAUAGGCGACCCAGUGAUGCGCUCUCCAUUUCCAGCAUCAACAGCGUCGCUGGCGACGUGCUUCAUCGCCGACGAGCACUAGCUUCAACAUACUUGACCAGCCAAGCACUGCUUGUGACUGUCCCACCCGGCACAAAUGACCGCAUGGGUGACGAAGAAGAGGACCCUGCGAUGAAUGAAUUUGUCACGACCGUUUUCCAAUUUCUACACCUAUGCUCGAUGGACCGCGAGAGUGAGCGUGGCUCACAGACGCGGCUGCAUACUUCGCUGCAGCAGCAAUGCUUUGAUGUCGUGGCGCGUCUGAUAGGCGAAUUGUCUCGACAUUGUCUGCCGAUGCUAGGCGCCCAAUUCGUCUCGAUCCUGCAGCAAUCAAGUACUGUGGUCGUGUCCCGUGACAAUGAGCUACUGACUGAAGCUGCCGUCCUGGGCAUGCGAUACCUGCGCAUCAUCACCUAUCCAAUGGAUGUAUUUGAAACCGGUGCCGAGUUUUUGCAAGUGCUCGCACGAUUCUUUGUUCACUCGCAUGGGUAUCGGAUCAAACGUGCUUUUGCGCGUGUGCUGCACACGAUUAUUGAGCCCGUGGCUCGUACAGCGUCAGCUGAGCUAUUUCAUCCGACUUGGAUGGAUGCUAUGGCAACGCUCAUGCCAAAGACCCAAGGCAUGGCUAUGCGUGCGCGCUACUUCGGUACGGCUUACCCCUUGUGGACUGUGGCUCUUUGUGCUUCGCCGCCAGAUGUGCUUGUAGAUCGCUGGUUUCCCUGUGUCGAGGCUGGCUGGUCGCGUAUGCGUGAGCGAAAAGAUACAGAAACGCGUGCCAUGGUAUAUGCUUGUGCGGCUCAGUUGUUCUGGGCCUACCUGUUUCGAUGCCAUGAGGGCACCAAUCCCACGCAGCGUCGCCUCGAUGCAUUCUUCGGACUGUGCUUACCGCCUGUGCGCUCCAACGUUUCACCAACAGACGUUUGUGUGGAUUCGUGUGUCGAUAUGUUGAGCGCGGCUUUGUACCGACAAUUUGAAUAUACAUACCCCUUGAUUCUCGACAUGCUACGGCAUACAAGUCUUGACAAGAAGUCGGCACCUGCCGUGUUUCAGCCAGACUUGCUGCAGCCUGUGCGGAUGUGCAUUGCUAUCCGUUCUGUGGCUCGCACACGUCAUUACUACGUGUGUGGUGAAAUGCCGAGUCUGCCCGGAGCUGCAUUACCAUCGAUGGAAGAACUGGCGAUCGAACCUGAGGGGUCUGUGGCGGUUCCCAAUGCACAUGUUGAGCAGGUCCAGAUGCAAUUGGAUGCGGUUAUGACACAAAUUGCCUUGCAUUGCGACUACCUUUUGAAAGACCUCACGGUUCUCGAUGGUCAAGUGCCCUUAGCUCCAGGGACGAAUGCGCCUCAUUUACCAACCACGCCUGGAUCUGAACCUUUCGAAGUUCGCACGCACGCUCAAGGUGCAUUUACCGUGGCUUAUGCUGCUGAGCACCAGCCGUAUCUCGAUCUGCUUCGUACCUGCAUCGAAACAUGGCCACGCUGCAUGUCCCACUCGGUAAGCAAGGCUACAUGUCACUCUCUCCUCUUUCGCGGACUAUUUUGCGUCGAGCCUCGUGUCCAGCAGGCAAGCGCAGCUGCUCUCUCGCGCAUUGCUCGUGGUGGCGAAGAAGCGCAUUCGAUUCUGCGGGCGCUUCUGCAAUGGCUUUUUCGCAAGGAUGGCGUUGUCUGGGAGCUUCAGUCCCAUGCUGAUGUACUUGUUGCACAGUUCGCCCAGGUUGCAGACGUAAUGGUUUCAUUGCUUGAAUUGUGUGGCACUGAAACACCACCUCCUGACGAGCUCGAGACGGGUGCCUGGUUGCUGCUCUGCGUCCCCAGCUCUGUUUUGCGACAUCGAACAACGCGUCUCUUACUGCACCACACAUCCUUAUCAGAGUUUUAUACGAAGUUUUUCAUGCGCCCAUGUACUGACUUUAUCGACCAAAGCACGUCAUCACAGCUUUCUGCAUCGCAACGCGCUCGCAUUGCAAAGUGGCGCGAUGCUGGCUCAGCGUACCCCCUCAAUCGUCUUGCAAGCUCGAGCGAAAAUGGCACUUUGUGGUCUGCAGCACUCCCGCGUGUUCUUCAGCACUUGGAGCAAAGGGCGCCGCACUUAACUGAACAGCUAUAUGUCCUGCUUCUCGGCGCAGUCCAGCGUCUCGAGCCUAGCAUGGCGUCCAUUGCACGCCUGCGCAAAGGUACGGCGCAAGUCCCUCUCACACUCACGUUCUUGCGGCAGAUAUGGCGCAUGUACGUGCUGGCCUUGUGCACUGUCUGUCGAGCUCAUACCCAGCACAUCGCUCUGCUCAUGCCGUACCUUGUGUGUGAUGACUAUGAUCUGCAGUCGACUGCCGCCGAGGCCCUGAGCCAUUGCCAUGCGCUUGCAUAUCCUACCCUCAUUUCCGCGCUCUCCCACCUCUUUGACAACAUGCAUUGGCCCGUCCGUCUGUGUAUUGGUCACAUACUUGCCCAAACGACAGCCGCUCUCACAUCGGCAUCUUCCUUGGCGCCAUGGCUGCUAACGUGGAUCCAUCAGACCAUGCACAUCUUACAAUUCGACUUGGCACCUGAUGUGCAAGUGUAUCGCCUACGCCGUUAUUUAUGCAUGGUGCUCGCUGGUUUUUACUCAAGCCUAGAGGCUGAGCAUGCAGCACAUGUCUUUCCCGUGGAACUGCGCAUGCGUCUCCUCAUUGUGCUGCACGACUGGCGCUCUCUACAAGAUGCUUCACGUCUUGCUGCCCAGCUUUCUGCCGCAUUGGAACGGACGGCGUCGAAGCCGAAAGACAAGAUCAUUGUGUCGUUACGUCACGAACUGCAUUUGCUCGCACUCUGUGCUGAAGAUGCAAUGGCUGCAUUAUGUGCUGGCGGCUUCGAUUCCACGACAAUGGAUACCUCCCCCGUGCUUACAUGGCUAUGCGAGAUGCUUGCUGCACCUUCGUCCCAUACACGCGAUACAGCGCAACGUGGACUGCGUGCUCUGCUCAUGCACAAUCCUUCAAACGCUGUGGUACUGGACACUGUCGUGGCGUAUUGCUAUCAUGACCUUUCUCAAUCCCAUGCAAGUCGCACGGCAUUUGCUGUAUUAUGUGACACAUACCCACAUCUUGAGAUGCCCGCAGCUCACAUUGUAUGUCUCUCUCUAUGUCUUCUUGCCCAUCCCGAUGUUCAUCUGCGUACACGCGCCCUAAAUAUGCUUGAAUCAUUCACUGACCGCCAAUCCACGCCAGUAUCACUUAUCUCCAUGUCCCCAUCUGUUCUUUCUUUUCAUCCGGCUGUGUAUCUCGACGCUCAAUCCUCUAUCUCACAGCUUCUUUCUCAUGCUACUGUUAUAAACGCGCUUGCCGAGUGGACGCGUCGUAUUGACGAUAUUCCCCCAUCUUUCCACGAGCCUGUCCUUACGCUUAUACCCCCAUGGCUCCGAGCUGCAUCUUUGGGGAACGAGAGUGAUGCACUGGUACAUCUUGUAACUCUGUCUCACCUCUUCGGUCGCGCACAUCCGCUCGCCGUGCGAAAUCUGUGGCAAGCAGUGGGAUGGUCUACAGCGGAUACUCAUGCCCUCCUACAUUUUCUACACACGCGCACAUUGCACUAUCGGAGCUUCGAAUUCUUGGAGGUGGCUCGUCUGAUUGUCGCAAAUCUGCCUCCGGCAGCUAGGCAAGUCGCCCAACAUGCUUUGCUCGAAUCCAUGGUUCCUGAAGCUGCCAUCCCUUAUUCCCCCUCUGGCAUCUCUGCUCUCUCGAUUGAUGCUUACUUCCCUCCACCAGGCACUGAGCUCAUGCCACUUGCACCCACUCUCAUCUCGCUUUUAUUCUUUGGCGAGUGUGUAGAUGCGUCGCUACUGCGUCACGAACGCCUCCCGAUUGUUCUACAUCUGUUAUGCAUGUAUUUGGAUGGUACAUCUUCUGCUCUGCACAGCAGUAUCCUGCGUGCGGCCGAGCAAAUCCUCAGUGUGUUACCCACUCGCAUCGAGCUGCAGACAAACCUUUUUUUGGCUCUUCGCUCAGCCCAUGCUAUGAGUCGUAUCGAUUUGGUGACAUAUGGAGCGAUGCAUGUUCCCCAAAAGCUUGAAGUGCUUGUCAACGUCCUGUGCGAUGCAGUAGAGCGGCACGUCAUUCCCAUUCGUGAUGUAUGGUGUGAUGUUGCUCAGUUCUGGGCAGUCAAUGCGCCAGUGCGUCGCAUGGCAUGCCGUUCGCUUCAAGUGAUGCGAGCUCUGCGUCCAACAUAUGCCAUUUCAGCCGUGCCUAGCUUACUUGCGCGUCUUGCAGAGACCCUACCUUCGUCUGAAGCUAUGCCGUAUACGCUCGAGUUAUUAAGCACACUUGAAGCGAUCAUCCCUACGGCGGUCCCCGAGGUUCUUGCACCUAUUUUUUGGGCCGUCGCAGCAUGCGUCCAGACAACGUGGAUACCAGUGUUUGUGGCAACUGUGUCAUUACUACACACGUGGAUGGACCAUAUCGACAUGUCCCUAUCAACGUGCAAUACACUAUGGACAUCACGUCCCUCAUCCUGGAAUGUUUCAGCUGCUGGCAUCCAGUGCGCUCUUGUUCGUGGGUUACGCCUCCCCCGUUGCGAUGUCAUGGUCUUACAUCUACUAGAACGCAUGGCACACAUUGAGCAUCCUGAACUCCUUGAAAGUACAAUGCAGGACCGAGUUCUUACUCUUUUUACGGCUGCUUUACCGUGGUUUCUGCAAGCUUGCGAAAAUGAAAAGUCAGCGCAUCAUGCUUUGGUACUGCGCCUGGGGGAUGCUCUUACAAACCUGGCCAACAAUGCUCAACGUUCUGAUGUGGCACGUAUUACAGCAUCUAUUGCCCGUGGGCGUUUCCGACGUGCCGAUGAUCUAGCUCGGCAGGCGGCUUUAUCGAUUGCUCUCGGAUGUACACAACCGCGUGCAGUACAUCUUGUCACACUCUUGGUCUUGAUGCUGUACCACGAAUCGGAGGACCUGUGCCGGCUUGUGCUCUUGGCUUUACCGCCAUGCCUUCAGGCACUACAAGCCCAGGAUAUCUCUUCCCUUGUACCUGAUGUGCCGCUGGAUCCACUUGUGCGUUUGCUGCAUUCACCGCUCGCUUCACUCGCACUCGAUGUACUGCAUUCACCCAUUUUUGUUGACGAGUCUUCCACACCCACCCUACAAGUAUGUGGCUGGACAGGUCUAUCAGCUGAAUCAGACGCACGCAUGUCAUGUUCCAAUAUGCAAGCUGUGUCUAAAACAUGGUCAGUGCCAGAUUCAGAACGCGGCGUUCUUGCAUUUGUGCCAGACGGAGAUGGAGACGCCGACGAUGAACGAGACGAACUAGAUACCUUGGCGAGUCAACUGGACGACUUGGCGAGCUUUUUCGUACAGGACAGCACGGAACCGCCAUCUCCGCAGCCAUCACAAGUUGCUAAGAUCCUUGCAAGGUCAGCACGUCAUUCCUACAUACCUCAGCCUUCUCUCGAGACGACAACCAAUUCUCUCGACGCAUCAACCGCAUCGUAUGAUACCAUGUCUCUUGCUCCACAACCACUAUCCUUUUCUACAUACAGUCCGGACCCAUUCUUGAGUGAAAGCACGAAAAUAUCAGCACCAAUUGACGAAGCUUCCAUCAAAAAUGUAAGCCUACUUUAA